GCUGCUAUAUAUAAAGACCCCCGCGGUCGCACUUUUCAGAGGAACAACCCUUCCUUACAAACACAUUCCACUAUAUUCACAUACGCAAUUCACAGAAUGUCAUCCACCGAAACCUCCGAAUGCUCUGAGACCCGGGUCGAAGAAUUCGGGGCAGGACAUGAUUAUAAACCGGGCGAUAAACUAAAAGCGAUAGCAGACCAUACAGAGCUAGUCCUAGACGGCUCCAGGCCUAUCUGCCCGGUGAAUGAUGUGUUACAAAUCAUGCACGAGCCCACAGCCAAUCAUAAGCCUUUUCUGCCAUUCCUCAGACAAAGGAGCCGUAAAUUUGAGGCAAAGGAUACAAAAUAUGUCUUUGAUGACCAGCUUUGUCGGUGGUGGGAAUUUCGCAAAUGGCAGUGGGUUAACAGGGGUGCGACUGGAGAUGAAGGAUUUCUUGAGUAUCUCACUUCAAACAGGAGGAGGGACACGCUUAGAGGAGAAUUGAAGAAGGUAUGCCGCGAUUCGUAUGAGGAAAGCGUUCGGAACUGGUGGGAGUUCAUGAGCAAGGACCGACUCCUUGAGGAGCAGGGCUUUCACGCGUACCAGGAAGCAGUUAAGAGGAACCUGGCACCCUUCAACUUUGACAAUCUGCAGUUGAUGGAGGAUCCACGGAAACAAACCCAAUGGACUACCUGGCUUGAAUACCUCAACUACGAGCAGUGGUGGUUGGGAAAAUGCGUCCCUGCCGUGGAACGCGAGGAGUGGCAAAAUCAUCAGGCCUGGGAAAGGUUUCUCGAAGCAACACGUUCGCUACCUCCGUUCUCGGAGAAAGAGUUAGCCUUCUUGGACAAAAGCUGCCCUGACACGGUUGCGGCGUUUACGUCGCAGCACCCGGUACUCAAGCCCAUGGAUUACAGGUAUGGUAUAACGAGGAAGGAUCUGGGCAGCGCUGUGAAAGCGAUCAACGACUUAACUAAAGAUACGGAGCGCUUUCGCCGCGCAGAUUUGGUCCUCUGCCAGCAAAAGAACCGAGUAAAGUGGAUUAUCCAGGAAGCACGUGUAAUGGAGGCCGAGAUGCUUGAGCAAAGCAAGAAUGUUCCAGACUCGGGGGAGGGCAAGAAGAGGAAGCGUGAUGAAUUAGACUCAGAGGAAAGCAAGAAGAAGAGGCGCGAUGCUUCUGACGAUUCUGAGCGGCUCCUUCUGCAGAGUGGGUUGAGGAACGCCUGAUCCUGAACCUUCGUCCCAUGGCUCUGAUACUGCCUUUUCUGUCCUAAGCAACGGGCAAACACAGUCAAUUUUCCUAACCGCGUUACUCUCAGUUGCAAAAAUUUGGCUUCUAUCGAUUCAACCACACUCAUUACACUCAGCAACAAUAAGUG